CCUUCGGCCGGCGGGACACGGGCGCGCGCGGCCGAUCAUCUCUCGCGCGGUCGUCGUCGUCGUCAACAGUGUUUACGAUUGCCGUCGCGAAUUCCUUCGCCGCCGCCGCCGUCGUCGUCUUCGCCGCCGCCACCGUCAAAUGGCAGUUUGAUUUUUCGCCUUAAAAAAUAAUAUUGUCGUCGGCGUAUUAUAAUAAUAAUAAAUAUUAUUGUUAUAUUAUUACCGUUAAAAUAUUAUAGUUGUUGCACUGCACAGCAUACCAAUGGUUUGCUUGGCGGUGUUGUGUGCCGUAUCAUCGAUGAUCGUAUGGUCUUCGGUGGCGGGUUACGAUAUGCUAGACUGUAACCGACAACUGUCCACCUUUCGAGUGUCCAACACCGACGUGAAUGGAAGGACGUGUUCCGAUGAGAUCAACGUGAUGUCGUGCUGGGGAAGAUGUGACUCAAAUGAGGUGUCCGACUGGCGGUUCCCAUACAAGCGUUCACACCACCCGGUGUGCAUCCACGCCGGUCAGGUGCUCACCGAGUUCGUGUUGAAGGACUGCGACGAAGGCGUUCUGCCGGGCACGGAACUUUACGUAUUCCCGCAGGCCACGUCGUGCAAGUGUCACACGUGCAAGUCGUCGGAGGCAGCUUGCGAGGGGUACCGGUACAAAGAUUUUCAGUUCAUUUCCACCGACCAAGUUUGAUGGGAUAAAUAAUUUUAAGAAAACAACAAAAAUAAAAAAAAUGCGAUGGAAUUACGACGACAGCAAACCGAAUGCGACAUCUUAUUUACAUAUUAUAUAAAUAUAUAUUCAUUAUUAUUAUUAUUAUACGCGCUUCCGUUUUUUUUCUUUUUCUCGUCUCCUUCAAUAUUCUUAUCAUCUAUAAUACUCGUCCGUUCCAAUAUUAUUGUCUUUAUCGUCACACACUCGACAUGACACACUGUUAGGUAUUAGGUAUUACUGUAUUAGGUAUUAUUAUAUCAUGUUGUACCCUAUUAAGUUUUCUGUCAAAUAAUAUCAUAUUAUAUAUCUCAUUGUUAUCCGAAACGUGAAAAACUAAACCGAUUAUAAUCUGUAAGCCCUCGCCUGUCGAUUAUAAAAUAUUAUAAUGUUAACGUUUAUUGUAUGCUUUUAUAUAAUAUCGUAUAAUAAUGUUUAAUAAUUUAUAUUAUAUAAAUAAAUAUAUAUAUAUAUACAUAAAUUCUCGGUAUACGUGUGUGCGACACGAAUAACAAUAAUAAAAAAAAAAUGCAGAUUUAUUAAAACGA